AUGUAUAGAACCUCUGGCGCUCGCUUGGUUUUUUCGGAAUGUAGGCGAUUAUCUAAGUUGAUGGCAUCUCAUCUUGGUGAACCAAGAGUUUACUAUGAGGUUUAAACAUUUCAGCACCUUAUAAAAAUCAUUUAGUCUCCUGAUUACGUCCGAUUCUCUAGUAAUAAGCCUAAUUUGGAUAGAAAGAUGAACUUAUCGAGUCCAACAAACGAUGACCGCAAAAAACUACUUGAUAGUUCUGAUUGUGCACAAAUGGUCCGUUUGUGUUCAGAACUGCAUUUACAAUGCAGAACAUACCUUGCAAUUAUUCGUGCCAGCAGUCCUUCAGAUGAUGAUUUUUAUGAAAAUGCGCAAUCAGAAACGGAUGUUGUGUACACUUUAAAGAAACUUCAUACAUUACUGGAAUCUGGCUUUUCUGCGCGAAUCAAGUACCUGUACUCCAUCGCUAGCGAUUAUGAUUUUGGCUCAUUGCGGGCUAAUGGGAUUCGGAGUUUCUUGAUUAUCACAAUGAGAUGUUGUGCUGUAUUGUUAACAUAUCUUCGACAGAUGAGUUCGUACUCUAUCUCCAAGUGGUCUGGUAUUACCCAUCGAAGUGUUAUAUCCUAUGUCAAUUGCUUGAUAGAGCUCAAUGUGUGUCUUGAAGUUUUGAGUAAUUCACCACGCUUUGCUAAUCCAUUGUGUUUAUUCCCUCGCUCUGAAUUUGUUGAUUUACCAGAGAUUGGACAUUGUGAUACAAAACGUAUUAUAAGAAAUCCAUUAACUGUGAUCCAAACUGCCAAUGCAAAGUUCGAUUCAAAACAAUACUUGGAGGAUUUAUCAGAGUUUUAUCGAUUAGAAACUCUGUCAGAUAAUAUAAAACAGGAAUAUUUCUACGGUCGUUGUUUAGCUUUUUACUUGUGCCCAAGUGCUCAAAGGAUUUUACAAUUUUUGAAUUCUUUAAUGGCUGGAUAUGGGAACAGUUUUUUGACCAGCAAACAGGGUAUAGCAAGCUUAGUGAAUACAGUUUAUCGAUCUGUCACAUCGUAUUUAUCUCCAGAGGAUCGUGGUAAGAUGUUGGCAAAGCUCACACGGAACUCCAGUGUACAAUUCUGUAAAAUGUUUUGGAGUCUGGCAGAACUACGCGUCGUAUCUGAAGGUCCCAAUGUCAUUUUACCGUCUAUGGCUGUGGCUCAUUCUUUCAAAAUUCAAACAAUACCAUUAAAAAUGCUUUCAAAUAAUCAAAAUCAAGGGAAUGAUCAAGAAUUUGUUGACAUAGAAACGCCUAAAUCACAUAUCGGUAUAACACCAUUACAAAUGCGUGUAUUGUGUCGUCAUCUUAGACCUGGUUUAGAAUGGACACGUGGCAAUGAAUUACCCAACUUCUUGUAUUCACAAUCCCCUGAGCAUAAUAAAAUACAAGAAUAUUGUCAUCCACGAUCGAAUUCAGUCCAGUUGCCUACCUUUGGGUUAUUUUCACCAAGAAAUUCUUUGAAUACAUCUUCGUUAGCAGCAUCGAAAAUAUCAACUCCUUCUAGCUAUCGUCGACGUUUUUCAUAUGCUAAUUUUAGAGGAUUAAAUUCUACAGGGAAUGAGGAUAGUUCAUCAUCAUCAUCAUCAAGUGUUAAAAGAUCUCCAUAUUUAUUGUUCUAUAUACACGGCGGUGGAUUUAUUGCAUUGAAUUCUCAAUCACAAGAUAAUUUCCUACGUAUAUGGGCUGAACAAUUAGACUGUCCAAUUCUAGCGGUUGACUAUUCCCUUGCACCUGAAGCGCCUUAUCCUCGUGCAUUAGAAGAUUGUUAUUAUGCUUAUUGUUGGGUUGCGUUGAAUCGUGAACAUUUUGGCUGUACACCGGAUGCACGUAUUGUUCUUGGCGGUGAUUCAGCUGGUGGUAAUCUAGCCUUAGGUGUAUGUAUGCGUGCCUUGCACGACGGUAUACUUGACAGUCCUGCUGGCUUAUUUUUAGCCUAUACACCUGUAUUAGUGUCUCUUACACCAUCACCAUCGAGAUUAUUAUCUUUGUGUGAUCCUUUACUACCGAUUGGAGUGCUUUCUAAGUGUUUAUUAGCCUACGCUGGGGUUGAUGAAGCCACUUUAAAUCUUGAAGACACUUCUUCUUGUUCUUGUCUUGAUGCCAAAAUUGUUGACAAUUCAACAAAUCUUGAAAGUAAAGAAAACUCACCAAACAACAGUCCAUUAUGGUCACGUUUAGCCUCUAGACUAUGGUAUGGUGGUACAUCUAAAGGCGAAGAAGAAGAAGAAGUUGUUGACAUAGACUCAGGCAUUAAUACGAAUAAAUCCUCUCGUUUACACAGAUCUUCAAAUGCUGCUAAAGUACACUUUCGAAAUCACAGAGAUCAUUCUAUACCGUGUAGUCGAUCGUUGUUGAGUCAACGAUCUCAUUCGUUAACACCACUGACCAAUCCUAACACUUAUCGUAAACUUUCAAAGUUGAACGAAUCAGAAUCACACAGUUACAGUUCGAAUCCAUCAAGUGGUAGUACAGCACCAGGAAAUUAUUAUCUACCUCAAGAGAGUUUACACUACUCUUCUAAUGAUUGUUCUACUGACGAGAGACACUCUGCUGGCAAUAAUCAUCUGCCGUGUCGACCGCCUACAGAUUUAAAUCGUGUUCGAAAUAUCCCCUAUCUCAAGAUGCCUAUAUGUCUCCGUAUUUGGCGUCAGAUGAUAUGCUACGGAAACUACCACCUAUGGCUAUUGUUUGUUCCCAAUUCGAUCCCUUCUUGGAUGAUGCUUUGGAAUUGGCAAAACGUGUCUCCAAACUAGACAUCCUAAUCGAUGUUCGUGUACUAGAAGAUUUACCACAUGCAUUUCUUAAUUUUUGUCUAUUAGGUCCAGAAUUUCAAAAAGCUAAUAAAAUCUGUAUACAAAUAUUAAGUAAUCUGCUGAAUGAAUGUUAUCAACCCGAAACAUUGUCACCUCCAACUCCAUCAGCUCCACGAUCACGAUCAGCAUCGCCACCACCAUCACCGCCACCGUCAUCAUCACCAUCAGCAUCAUCAUCGUCAUUAUCACCAACUUUUUCACCGAGUUCCCAGGAUAUUGAUUAAUUUCACAGAUGAUACAUAGAUACGUAAUCUUAUAUUUAAGAGUGUUAUGUAUACAGAUACAUAUAUUUGUAUGUUUGUGUAUAAACUUUAGUUAGUUUCCCUCGAUUAUCACUACACUACCCUCUAAUCUUUCAUAAUCUUAUACUACUUGACGUGUUAAAAGAGUUGUAGUUGUUUCCUGUGUAUCUUCCAUGCGAUAAAUUAUUAUUAUUAUUAUUGCUUUAUAGCGGUUUUGAACAGUAUUCGUGCUUUCAUGUACCAUCUGUUGUCUGUCACCUUCCGUUUGCCAUUUCUCGCCUCUUUCUCUCUCUCUGUAUGCAUUGAUUUCAAUGCUUCUUUUGAAGACGAUGUGCAUAUCGCCGACGAUGGCGAAUAGAUGACAAAACAUUCACAUUAACACUCUAUCCAUAUAUAUACAUAUAUUAUAUCACAGCUCAUUUCAAGCCUCCACCCUAACUAGCUAGUUAGCUAGCUAGAUACACCCUGCUCUGCGCCCCACCUCAUCGCCCCUCCCCCGACACACACACACAUAUAUAUAUACAUAAACAUAUACAACUGAGAGUAACAUUUCUUUUCACUAUCUAUCUAAUAUCUUCUAAAUAUAAAAAUAACAAACAAACAUUUUUAUUUAUUUAUUUGUUUUUUCGUUUAUGAGGUCACAGAUAUAUACAACAUAUUUUCCUGUCUUUUUCUUGUCCACCCCCCUCCAUUUAUUUUGUUGUCUGUUUUCAGAUUAAUUGUUGUUAGUGAUGUUUCAUUAUUUCCAGAUUAUUUAAUAUUAAUAUUAUUAUUAUUUUUUAAUUUGAUGUUGAUUUCUGGUUAUGUGAUGUUUCACUCUAGUUUAUUACGCAAUCAUAUGUGGUGGGAGAUAGAGAGAGAGUGAGAGGUGCUCUACACCCUGUCUUUCUUGUUAUUGAAUAAACAAUAAGUCUGUUGUAAUUAUAUAUACAUACCUAAUAUAUAUGCAUAUUGUAGUGUGGUCAGUUAUUUCUCCCUCUCUCUCUCUCUCUCUCUCCUUAUAUCUCAUUAUUACUUACUUACUUACUAUCAUUAUUAUCAUUUGUUUUGUUCGUUGAAUUAAGGUGCCAAAUAAAAAUACUGAAAUAAGAA